UCACUAACACAAAAUCAACGACCGUUAUCUCCNAGUCGACGAAGUGAAAUGAGAAGAGAAAAUUUGCGAUCAGUUGACAUGCAAGAGCAACGACAUCAGCAUCAAUAUCCAAAACAAUACGAAGCUCAAACGCCGAACCAGACUCAAACGCGAUUCUUCGCAAAUGAUCGAAAUGAUCGUGAGCCAGCAAUCGAGAUGCAUUCCAACUGGCGUCAGUAUCUACUCGAAGGGAAUAUUCGGCAACCUCGACAUACCGCAAGCACCUCGCAGAACAGUAAUUCAUCCUCAUUACAAACAACGCACACCUAUUCAUCACCACCAACCUAUCGAACUCAACAACAUGUACGACCAAGCCGUAGUAAUGCUACAAGGAGUAUAAGAUAUUAG